AUGAGUGACGCCAACGGGCCUCAAGCCCUCUACAGCUCCGGGCCGGAACCGGUCAAGCACGACAGCGACUACCCCCAGCUUCACAUAGUGACACCACAGCAGGGCCAGGGAUGGCAAGGACAGCCUCACACUCCGGAGACGAGCUACGGGGCGACCUCCCCGCCACCGCCACAGCACCAGCAGAUGCCAGCGAUGACGACGGCUUGGCAAAACGGGCACCAGCAGGAGCAGCAGCAACACGAAAAGCACACCGGCGACGGCGGCAGGAGCCCGCGCCACCCCGACCGGCUGCUCGCCUCCGCCGCCUGCCUCCUCCUGGGCAUCAUCAUCGGGGGCGCAGUCGUCGGCGGCGCCCUGGGUUCCAUGCUGGCCGGCCGGCCGGCGGCGGGGACGGCAGCCGCUCCCACCGCCGCCGCAGAAUGCAAAACGUCACCGGCAUCAAACCAGAGCACCGCCUCAUCAGCGCCACCAGCCGCGGGCACGUCAGGAACAGUCACGAUGCUCACAAACUACGAGGCCGCCAGCUGGCGCAACGUCAGCACGCUCGCAUUUCCCUGCCCCCGGCAGGAAGGGCUGACGGUCACGGCGUUCGAGGGUUCCCGGUUCAGGAUAGAGUGCGGGAUCGACUCGGCCGGCUUGGGCACGGAGGCUCCCGGCACCACGAUGGAGGACCUGCAGUCCGCCAUAGCGUACAGCUUCGAGGACUGCGUUUUCGCGUGCGCCAGCCUCAACAGGGAGUCCCCCAGGGUUCAGAAGCAGCAAGGGCUAUCGAACCCGUCCGUGGUCUGCCGCACCGUGGUGUGGCGCGCGAGGAUGGACGAGGAUAUUUUCAAAUCCGCGGGCGGGAACUGUUUUCUGAAGAACGCGACGCGUGCUGCUGGGGGGGAAGGGAGGGCUUGUCCGCAGUGUACUUUGCUUUGA